AUGGUCAUGAAACCGACCUUAUUCUAUCCAUCUUAUGAUACAGUGAAUGGACGAGGAUGUUGUCGCUUAUUAAAUGUGAAACAUGCAGCGAUUACUGGUGCUAUUUACACCUUGAAUAUUGCAAUAUUGGUUGUACUGUUGUAUAGUUGGCGUAUUAGUGUAAAUAUAAAGCGUUAUGGUGAUCUACAAGAUGUUUAUUAUGGUGUACAAAUAGCUUAUUUCGCUAUAAUUGGGACACAGCUGUUCAUGAUUGUAUUAAGUAUAAUACUAUUGUACGGCAUUUAUACGAUUGAAGAACAAAGUGUAUAA